AUGGACAGAAAUCGUGCCUUCGCGCUGGUUGUCUUCUGUUCGACUCUGCCUGUCUUUGCUCUGGCCGACCAAUCCACGACGAUGAUCCGACCGUCCCCAAGAGUAGACGCGGUUCCAGUCUGCACCCUCGGCCACCUGUGUCAGGUCAAAGGCAACUCCAACACUGAUCAAGGUGGCAGCGAUUGCGUCCGCUGGUGUUACUGCGAUGACGCCUGCGGCUUCUUCGGCGACUGUUGUUACGACUACGAAGAUGGUUCGUCACAGCUCCCGGGCCCGCGCAGGCGCAGUGCGUCCAAAAUGGCGAAGUUAACGCCUGAUCCUGGUGACUGCAUGAGCAGUUCUGAUGGUGGUAGUCUUGACGGUGGUGAUGGCCAACUAAGGCGGGAUUGUAAUGUGAGUGAUGAUGGUUAUGAUGGUGAAAGUGGUGUUGAUAGUGAGUUUGACGGCCUGGCCGAAUACUUGACGACCACGGGCACUCCUAGAAGCCACUUUCCAUGCACCUAUGUGGGUCAGCCCGUCUCAGAACCACCAUAUCGGUACGGAUUUUGGUUGAACAGUUUCUGUCCUGCAAAUGCUUCUGUGAACAGCCGUCGACUCUGUGAGGAUCCACCAGGUGAUGACGUCAUUCUGAAGACCCCCGUCAGCGGAGCUCGAGGAGUGGCUUACAAAAACGUGUAUUGUGCUAUUUGCAACGGUGAAGACCUUAGUAGGCUGGAUGCAUGGGCUGUGGAUGUGUACUGCAACUCGCUAAACCAGUCAGCCGCCAUUUUGGACGCACCGCGUCAGCGCGGAGCCAACUACACGUUUGACUUUCAGGACCUGGAUGCGGCUUGCCGGUUAGUCUUUUCCUCUCGCAAGGGUGUCGGAGUGAGGUACUGCUUCCCGGAUGUCGUGGCAGACUGCGGCUCACACGACGGGAGUACGGGUCUCUGCGAAGCGUGCGACUCGUACGCGGCCGUCGCAAUCGAGCCGGAGAGGUUCCCACCCGGACCGCGUCGCGUGUUCAGGAAUCCGCACUGCGCAUUGAGCCACGGAGUCCGCAUUACGUCAGGCGCGAUUACCAACUCAUGUGCAUUAGUGUGCGGCUCUGGCUCAUUCGUCACCCCAAUGAUUCCAUCUUUAUCGAUUCUCAUCAAUUUCGGAACCGGUACGGCCCAAGUAGACGAUCUGGUCCUUCCCUCUCGCUGUCCAGCCGAUUUCGUCUUCGAUCCGUUUACGGAUCGCUGCCGAAUUCUGUCAUGUGCUGACGGGUACCGACUUGAGGGCGGACAGUGCAUCGCACAGGAACCUCCCGACACCGAAGAGGAAUCAAAUGUUACUGCAACUGUGGAAUUCCUGGUAGAAGUGAACAUCGACGGCACAGUUAACUGCAGCAGUGCUGGCGAGGUUGGCUUAUGUAUGGCCAAGCCACUUCUUCAAAUUCUCGAUGGACUCUCGGUACAACGUUUCACUUUAGGAGGAAUAGUGCCGAAAUGCCGGCUUAGUGACUCCAACACCACCUCUUUCGAAAUGACAAUGACCAGAGAAAAUGCUCAACUGGACAUAAACAUCCUCGAAAAGGAACUUGAUAUUGUUCUUCUGAACGGUUCCCGAGGUGGCUUUGGAGAGUGUCUUUCGUUCAACAACGACACCAAUUUGAGAUCGAUCGUAUUCGUCAGAUGUCACUCGGCCACAUGUGGUAUCAGAGAAACUGCAAAAUGUGGGAAUGUCGUAGGAAAUAUUACUGAAAUUUUUCCGCUACAGUCAAAUGUUUCGGAUGGGUUUGUACGGGUUGAUAACACUUGGUACUCAGCGGAACAGACUGUGUAUAGUGUGAUCUACGGCUGGCAACCAGGCAAUGAAAGCUUCGACAAACUGGGCAUGCGCGUAAGAGUUUGCGACGGUGAGGAGCUCUCGUGUGCGCAUGUCGCUUUGAACGCGUCGCUCUUUCGUCCAAUCGGUGGACCGGAGGGCAGCUCAUUGGAAUAUCUCCCGACAGGAUACAUUCUCGCACCAGGGAACUUUUCCAUUCUCCGGAACGGCAGCGUUAUGGUUUGUUCUUUCUUUGACAAUGGUACUGUACAAGGAACCAGAGAUGACCUUGCCAAAUUGCUCAUAAGUCUGAUCGGUUUGACCUUGUCAAUGAUUGCGACCGCGGUCAUCUUCGUGACGUACUUGGCUUUUCGAAGCCUCCGUAACCACAUGCGCUGCCCAAUGCUGAACCUCACCGCUUCGUUAAUACUGGCGAAUCUCAUGUUUUUGCUGAGUAAAAUAUCAACAGCGAACGACGUAGCCUGCACCGCAGUCGCAUUUCUGGGACACGUGUUUUGGCUCUCGGUAUCCACUUGGUCCAAUAUCAUCGCAGUUGGGAUGUACGGAGCAUUUUCAGUCUCUGCAAUGUCACUUCGAGACCAACGCGUCACCCGAAGAAAACUUGUGUACUUUUACCUGUACGCCUACGGUGCGCCGUGCUGCAUCAGCAUUCCUUGCCUCGUUCUGGAGUUGACCUACAAAUCACGUGACGUCCCGCUCUUCCGUUACCGGAGUGGGGACGUGUGCUUUAUCAACAGCUCUGACCAAAUGCUCUAUGCCUUCGUAGUGCCGUUGUUGGCAUGUGUUCUGGUCAAUCUGGUUCUGUUUUCUCUCACCGUUCGUGGAAUUAGAAUCACCAAGAUGAAAGCGCAGAUGGUGAAGGGUAACACGCCAGUCAUGCGACAAGCAAUGGAGGAACUACCGAUCUAUCUCAAGAUUUCCAGCCUGAUGGGUUUCUGUUGGCUCGUCGGUUUCCUAGCAACCGUUACCAAGUCAACGGUUCUGGAGUACAUCUACCUUGUCUCAAACUCCUGCCAGGGGCUCCUCAUCUUUCUCUGCUUCGCCAAUGGCCGCGUGAGGGCGCUGUGGAGGGCCAAGUUGAGGGCGCUGUUCCGUGCUUGCUGCUCUGGUGGUGUUGCAGAACCCAAGCGAGAAGCUCCAGUCGUGGCUACCGUGAGCGAGCGGUGUGGCACGGGGGCUAGCGGGGACAAUCACGCUGGAGAUGGGUCGGCUUCCGUACGAACCGAAGAAACGGCUCUGUGA